AUGAUGCCACAAGAGUCAUCUCUGAGCUUCUACCGCGCGGGCGGCAUGAAGUGCGAGCACGAGUACACGGAUACAUGUACAUUUCAUACCUCGAACCCAGCUGCUGCCAGCCCCUUGCACACCUCAUCUGCCUCAUCCGCCUCCCAACCCCGGCCGGCACAGCCAGGCCCAGCACGCGAGCAACCGGAGAAGAAGCGAAGGCGGCCGGCGCUUGCAUGUGAGCAAUGCCGAAGACGCAAGAUCAAGUGCGACCGCAACUCUCCCUGCGGCCACUGCACGAGGGCCCGCAUCGCCAGCUGCACAUACGUGCCAACCCAUGUGCCCGCGACGAGGAGCAAGAGAUGUUUGGCGGUCAAAACUUCGGAUCCAGCUUCGGCAUCCAGUCCUGCUGCCGCCGGUUCCGGUGCUCAUCCGAGUGCGAGGGCGAGCGUGGUGCGAACGCUCCAGGGACCAUCUGCAGCCUCCGCCGAGCUCCGUGAUGGCCGUCCUCGGAACCCUCUGCCGCAUCUUGCCACGGUAGCUGUGAAGGCUCGCGUGCCCACCCAGCUGUCUUCCGGCGGUCCCGUCUCCCGGACAGGCUCUGCAUCCGAGUCGUCCAACAACAACGUGGACCAGCUCGUCGCCAGGGUUCACGAGCUCGAGGAGAAGCUUGCCAAGGUCGUUCAGAUCAGCGAUGGCCAGGGCAGUGCCUUUGGUUCCUCCGCCAUCAGCCCUGUCUUCUCUCACAGCGGCACCGUCUCCAAGUCGAGGUAUUUUGGCUCGAGCCAUUGGAUCAGCGUGGCGGAUUUGGUAACUUUCUCCUCGCUCGCCUCCGCUCGCGUGGCCGCGUCCGCUAACGAGAUCGACGCCAAGCUUCCCACCGAAUAUACUCUUCUUGGCCUCGAAGAGGCGGGAAAGACGGACUUUUACCAUGCGCUCAUCCGAUGCAAAGCACUCGGCCGCCGCAUAAAGCAGAACCGGUCUCGUCCACUGUCGUCGACGGAUAUUGGCCGGCACCUACCGCCGCGCCAUGUUUGCGACGAACUCGUCGGGAAUUACCUCCGCACUUUCGAGGGCGUCCUUCGCAUCGUCCAUGUGCCCAGUUUCAAGGCCGACUACCAGCGGUACUGGCAGAAGCCCGACGCCGCCGUCGACGGCUUCGUCAUUCAGAUGCAGCUCUGCAUGGCCCUCGGCGCCACUCUCCAUGACGACCUCUUCACCAUGAGGGCAACGUCGCAGCAGUGGAUCUACGAGGCUCAGCUUUGGCUCAUGCUCCCGCCGAAGAAGAGCCGGAUGACGAUAUUGGGUAUCCAGAUCAUGUGUCUCCUCGUCUUGGCCAAGUCCAUCUGCGGCGUCGGCCCGGACCUGACGUGGAUCAUUGCGGGCGCCUUGGUCAGGAAGGCCAUGUCCAUGGGUUUGCAUCGAGACCCCAGCCACCUCGGCAAGAUGACGACGUUCCGUGCCGAGAUGCGCCGCCGGCUCUGGGCCACCAUACUGGAGCUGAAUCUGCAGUGCUCCUUCGAGGCCGGCGGCUCGCCGCUGCUCUCCAACUCACACUACGACACCCAGCCUCCCGCAAACAUGGACGAUGAACUGCUUGGCGAUGAGCCGGAUGGCGACGGCCAGGUGGGGAAUGCGCUUGAUACUCCCACCCAGGUGUCCGUCCAGGUGGCCAUUCUGAAAUCUCUCCCCUUGCGCCUUGAUCUCCUCGUCAACACCAACAAUUUCCGAACUGGCCAGUCGUACGACGAGGUCCUUCGCCUAAACUCGGAGCUCACCAAGGCCUGCCGGGAGCUGUCGCGGAAGCUGUCAACGCUGCGGAGCAAGGCCGCCGGAGUCCCGACCGUCACCAUCACCGACUUCCACAUAUCCAUGUCUGAAAUGCUCCUUUAUCGCUGUUUCCACGCGCUGCACCAGACUUUCAUUUCCAAGUCGUUCGACGACCACCGGUUCUACUUUUCUCGCCGCAUGUGUCUCGACAGCGCCUUGAAACUCAUGCAUAUUUGGCGUCUGUCCGGGCCGCACCACCCGAACCCGGCUGGUGGUCGUUCGGAUUUUGACCGAAUCAUCGUCAACGGCACCGGCAUGUUUCGCUACAUCCCCGUGCAGGCACUCUUCUUCAUCGCCGUCGAACUCAUUCAUCAGAAGCAGGGCCAGUCGACGAGCCUCGGCUACCUGCCUUCGCUGGGUGACUUGGACCUCCGCUCGUGCCUCGUCGCCUCCCUCUCGUGGACCAUUGACCGGAUCCGCUCAGGCGAAACCAACGGAAAGGGUCACUGCUUUGUGGCAGCGGUGCUCGCUCACGUCGAUGCCCUGAGCGACGGUUUGGGGAAGGACGAGGUCGACAACGCGAUUCUGCAGGCUGCCCUGGCCUCUGUCAGCAGGUGCUUGGAGGCGCUCGAGGACGUAGCGGAGCGAGAAGGCCUUGUGCCCCAUGAACCAACGACGGAGAUGAUGCAGAUGGAAGACGUGACGGACACCCAGUUGGAUUGGAUGGGGGACUGGGUGUGGGAUGACACGGCCGAUAUGUCGUGGCAGCAGAGGCCUUUUGAAGGCAUGCUUCCUGAUCAGUUCAUAAACCAGUAG